AUGGUGUGGCCAACCGAAGAUGAUCAAAAACUUGAUGAGUAUGAUGCCAUGGACCUACCGGGACAGCAGCUGCCAGCUGCGCACGCUCAUACACCUUUAGAUCACAUAUUAAAUCUAGACAUCAAGUCACCAGCUGGUUGUCAGAGACUAACUGGAAUUAUAGCAACGAUGGGUAAAUCGACCACUGAUGUCGAAGUUUUGGAGAAAAUGAUGUCAGCUGGCAUGAAUAUUGCUCUACUGAAUUUAUCUUUUGGAACCAAAGACGAACAUAUGGACACUAUUAAAACGAUCCGACAGACCGCAAAAAACUACAGUAUAAAGAUGGAAAAAGUUUUUCCCUUAGCCAUUGCUGCCCGACUGCCGGGCCGAAAGAUAAGGACUGGUUAUAUUUCGGAUUCUUACGGCGAUAGCGUGGAACUUAUCGCAGGAGAAGUAGUCCGGUUAACAACAGACGAAACCUAUAAAGACAGGUGUUCAACUUACACCGUCUAUGUUGACUUCAUGCACUUUGCCGAGCAGAUGAGCAAAGGCAAUUACGUUUUAUUAGACAAUGAGACUAUACAGCUCAAAGUUGAAAUGAUAUCCUCAACAACUUUAACUUGUAAAAUCGAAAGAGGUGGUUUCCUUGGGUCAUACAAAGAUGUCUUCGUACCCAAUGUAACAUUCGAUAUGCCAAAUUAUACUGAAACUGAUAAAAUUUAUAUUGAAAUGGCAGUACGCAAUCAAUUGGACAUUCUUAUCGCGUCUUUCGUAAACUCGGCUAAUGCUAUUACUGAGCUCAGGCACUUAAUGGGCGAGAAAGGAAAGAAAAUAGCUAUUGUCGCCAACAUCCAAACUAUCGAAGGUUUUCGCAACUUCGAUGACAUUCUAUCAAUUGCUAAUGGCAUUAUGAUUACAAGACAAGAAUUGGGCUCGGACAUUACGCCUAAAAAAUUAGUAAUAGCGCAAAAAAAUAUGAUUGCACGAGCAAAUAAAGUAAACAUCCCAGUUUGUGUAAGUGCACACCUUUUAAGUAGUAUGCGUUAUAACGAAACACCUCUCAGAUCGGAAUUGCUUGACAUAGCAAAUUGUAUCCUAGACGGCGCUGAUGCCCUGGUACUUUCAGCGGAAACCGCAGUCGGACAGUAUCCGGCAGCCACCGUGGCAUGUAUGGCUACAAUAUGUAAGGAAGCAGAAGCAUGCAUAUGGACCAAGCAAAUUUUCGAAGAUUUUAUUGAAAAGACUCCUCUUCCCUGUGAUCAAACAACGGGCGCCGCAUUGUCCGCGGUGAUGGCUGCACAAAGAUCCUUGGCAGCUGCAAUUGUCGUCGUUACCUCGUCGGGAAAAUCAGCUCAAGUCGUAGCGAAGUACAGACCGCGCUGUCCGAUCAUAGCUGUCACCAGAUACGCAGCAAUCGCUAGGCAGCUACAUAUGUGGAGAGGAAUUAUACCGCUUGUUUACGAAGCUGAUCCAUCUACAGACUGGCAGCAAGAUCUUGACAGCCGCGUAAACUUCUGCACGAAAUGGGCAAUGGGACAAGGAUUUAUUAGAAUAGGUGAUCCUAUAGUGUUGGUUUCUGGUUGGAAACAAGGUUCCGGCUCUACAAACACUAUGAGAAUUAUUUAUGCAACUGCAGAUAUGAAUGACCUCACGAAACGUUUGGGUGAUGGAAUGGCGGUGAUCGACAUCAAAGGGUUAACUCUGCUUGCUGGUCGACGAGGCAAUUUGCAGAGCUCUCUGAGUUCGCCCAGGCCCAGGAGUCUUGUAGGAAGGCUACAAGAAAGUAUAACCUCCUCCACGUUCUACCCUCUACCCCUCAUCAGCCAGGUGCGUCUCACUGAGAGCCGCGAUAUUCAUGCCAUAGCGUCGGAGUUCUCGGGAUACGACGGCGGUUUUACGAGGAGGAGCCAGGUUGAUUUCACAAUCCAGGAGAUCCCCUUCUCGAUUGAGGAAAGCAGGGUCUUCCUAAAUAGAGCUGCUUUGUCACCCAGGGAGCUGCUGAAUUACACUGUUAACCCAUUGCAUUUCAAAGCGACCUUCUUUCCUGAACCGCCGGCGUGUAGACAUCAGACAAAGUCUGGUUGGCAUCACAACCAGACCUCUCUACCUCAACCUAACCCGUAG